AUGCUGGAGACGGUGCCCAAGCAGGGGGAUGUCUAUGCCUGCCAGGUGGGGCACAGCAGGCUGACCAACCCCAUCACCGUCCAGUGGGUCCGGCCUCUCCGCGCUCUCUGCACGGGCGGCGGCUCUUUUCGGCUGCGGGCUCAUUCGACGGCUCCUCUCUGCAAAACUCCGGCUGGGGAGGAGGCGCCAGGUCGAGAGACCUGGUUUCUUCCUGGAAGGGGUCUGGUAUCCUUUGAGGAGGUGUGUGUUCGUUUCACCGAGGAGGAGUGGGCUCUGCUGGAUCCGGACCAAAAAAGGCUUCACAAGGAGGUCAUGGAGGACAAUCGUCAGAAUGUGGCCUCCCUGGGAGAGAAACGAUACGAGUGUGGAAAGAGAUUCAGUCGCAAUGGUGAUCUUCAGCUGCAUCAAAGAACCCACACAGGGGAGAAAGCUUUUGAAUGCUCAGAGUGUGGAAAGAGAUUCAGUCGGAGUGGCAAUCUUCAUACGCAUUUAAGAACCCACACAGGGGAGAAACCUUUUGAAUGCUCUGAGUGUGGAAAGAGAUUCAGUAGGAGUGGCACUCUUCAAGAGCAUCAAAGAACCCACACAGAGGAGAAACCUUUUGAAUGCUCUGAGUGUGGAAAGAGAUUCAGACACAGUGGCACUCUGCAAGAGCAUCAAAGAACCCACACAGGGGAGAAACCUUUUGAAUGCUCUGAGUGUGGAAAGAGAUUCAGACACAGUGGCACUCUGCAAGAGCAUCAAAGAACCCACACAGGGGAGAAACCUUUUGAAUGCUCAGAGUGUGGAAAGAGAUUCAGACACAGUGGCACUCUUCAAGAGCAUCAAAGAACCCAUACAGGGGAGAAACCUUUUGAAUGCUCAGAGUGUGGAAAGAGAUUCAGUCACAGUGGCAGUCUUCAAAAGCAUCUAAGAACCCACACAGGGGAGAAACCUUUUGAAUGCUCAGAGUGUGGAAAGAGAUUCAGUCAGAGUGGCAGUCUUCAAAAGCAUCUAAGAACCCACACUGGGGAGAAACCUUUUGAAUGCUCAGAGUGUGGAAAAAGAUUCAGUCACAGUGGCAGUCUUCAAAAGCAUCUAAGAACCCACACAGGGGAGAAACCUUUUGAAUGCUCAGAGUGUGGAAAGAGAUUCAGUCACAGGGACACACUUCAACAGCAUCAAAGAACCCACGCAGGGGAGAAACCUUUUGAAUGCUCAGAGUGUGGAAAGAGAUUCAGUCACAGUGGCAGUCUUCAACAGCAUCAAAGAACCCACACAGGGGAGAAACCUUUUGAAUGCUCAGAGUGUGGAAAGAGAUUCAGUCGCAGUGGCAGUCUUCAAAAGCAUCUAAGAACCCACACAGGGGAGAAACCUUUUGAAUGCUCAGAGUGUGGAAAGAGAUUCAGUCACAGAGACACUCUUCAACAGCAUCAAAGAACCCACACAGGGGAGAAACCUUUUGAAUGCUCAGAGUGUGGAAAGAGAUUCAGUCACAGUGGCACUCUUCAACAGCAUCAAAGAACCCACACAGGGGAGAAACCUUUUGAAUGCUCAGAGUGUGGAAAGAGAUUCAGUCUGAGAGGCAAUCUUAAACAGCAUCAAAGAACACACACAGAGGAA